GCGACGCGACGGCUCCCGCGCGGUCUCCUUGCGGGCGGCGCGAGCCGAGAGCGGAGCCGCGGCUCGUAGCGAGGCCGGGAGGCGCGGUGCUGGUGGCGACCGCCCCGGCCAACCGCCGCCGCUGUGCCCGCGGGGCGAGCUCGCGAUGGGAGGUGCAGCCCGCGGGCGCGGGAGGAAGGACGCGGCGCUGCCGGGGGCCGGGCUCCCGCCGCAGCAGCGGAGGUUGGGGGAUGGUGUCUAUGAUACCUUCAUGAUGAUAGAUGAGACCAAGUGCCAACCCUGUUCAAACACACUCUGCAAUCCUUCUGAGGCACCUCUCGCCCGAAGACUAAAUAGUACCACUGAGCCACUGAGCAGAGAUCGCACCCAGCACUUCGUCAAUGGAAACGAGAUGAAGGUAGAGCAGCUGUUUCAAGAAUUUGGCAACAGGAGAUCCAAUACUCUUCAGUCGGACGGCAUCAGCAACUCUGAGAAGUGCUCUCCUCUGGUUUCUCAGGGGAAGAGUUCGGAAAGCCUGAACGCGGUGAAAUGCGGCAGUUUGUGCAAACCAUCGAAAGUGCUGCCGCUGACUCCCGAGCAAGCCCUGAAGCAGCACAGACACCACCUCACUGCCUAUGAGAAGCUGGAGAUCAUCAGUUACCCGGAAAUCUACUUUGUGGGUCCAAAUGCCAAAAAGCGACAAGGAAUUAUCGGUGGUCCCAAUAAUGGGGGAUAUGAUGAUGCAGAUGGAGCUUAUAUUCAUGUGCCUCGAGACCAUCUAGCUUACCGCUACGAGGUGCUGAAGAUUAUCGGCAAGGGGAGUUUUGGACAGGUAGCCCGUGUCUACGAUCACAAACUUCGACAGUACGUGGCCCUAAAAAUGGUACGCAAUGAGAAACGCUUCCAUCGCCAGGCAGCCGAGGAGAUCCGGAUUUUGGAGCAUCUUAAAAAGCAAGAUAAGACUGGCAGCAUGAAUGUUAUCCACAUGCUAGAAAGUUUCACCUUCCGGAACCACGUGUGCAUGGCCUUUGAAUUGCUAAGCAUAGACCUGUAUGAGCUCAUUAAAAAAAACAAGUUUCAGGGUUUCAGCAUCCAGUUGGUUCGCAAGUUUGCCCAGUCCAUCCUGCAGUCCUUGGAUGCUCUUCACAAAAAUAAGAUCAUUCACUGUGACCUGAAGCCAGAAAACAUUCUCCUGAAACACCACGGGCGCAGUGCAACCAAGGUCAUUGACUUUGGGUCCAGCUGUUUCGAGUAUCAGAAGCUUUACACCUAUAUCCAGUCUCGUUUCUACAGGGCUCCAGAAAUCAUCCUGGGGUGCCGCUACAGCACUCCGAUCGACAUAUGGAGUUUCGGUUGCAUCCUUGCAGAACUUUUGACAGGACAGCCUCUGUUUCCUGGAGAGGACGAAGGAGACCAGUUGGCCUGCAUGAUGGAGUUGCUAGGGAUGCCACCACCAAAACUUCUGGAGCAAUCCAAACGUGCCAAGUACUUUAUUAACUCCAAGGGCUUGCCUCGAUACUGCACCGUAACUACUCAGGCAGAUGGGAGGGUUGUACUCCUGGGGGGUCGCUCUCGCAGGGGUAAGAAGCGGGGCCCCCCAGCCAGCAAAGACUGGGCAACAGCACUAAAGGGGUGUGAAGACUACUUGUUCAUAGAGUUUCUGAAAAGAUGUCUUCAUUGGGACCCCUCUGCCCGCCUCACCCCGGCUCAAGCAUUAAGGCAUCCUUGGAUUAGCAAGUCUGCACCCAGACCUCUCACCAUGGACAAGGUGUCUGGGAAACGGGUAGGUAACCCUACCACUGCUUUCCAGGGACUGAGUUCCAAGCUGCCUCCAGUCGUUGGGAUCGCCAGUAAGCUUAAAGCUAACCUAAUGUCUGAAACCAGUGGUAGUAUACCUCUGUGCAGUGUAUUGCCAAAGCUGAUUAGCUAAUGGACCGCUUGGAGAUGCAAACGUAUGUAUUUUUAGUUACCUUGCAAACGCGCAAAUGGAAAAAAAUGAAGCCCAUUCAUUGAUGGAUAUGUUUUUUGUUAGACUAAACUUUUUUUUUUAACAAGGCAGAACAUUUUUAUAUGACUAUAAAAGAACUCUUCAAGGGCUAAUUGUCUAACCAGCUUGUAUUGGCCAUCUGGAGUAUACAUUAAAUGACUUUUUAUAGGUCA